AAGAUACCAGCUAGAGAGGGGGAGGGGGCAUGGCCUCACAGAGAGCUGAGCCUUCUUGCAUUCUCUGUCCUUGUGGCUGAUACUGUGCCGGCUGCCUGCAGGACGGCAGAGGGGCCCCUGGAGUGUCCGGUACCGCCCCCCAGGCAACAGGACACCUUUAAGAACCAUCAGAACGGCCCAGGAGAGAGGUUCCCAGGGAGACAAGUGGUGAGCUGACUCUGUCCUCUUUUCAGGUCCACCUGCGCGGCUGGGACAUGGCCGCUGUGCUGCAUUUCACAACCUUUCUGGUGCUACUGAGCUCAGCAUGUUGCAGAGACCCCCAGCUGGUCCAGGAGGACGCGUCUCCUAUUAUCAACAUGAAGCUAGAUUCCAGGACAAGGACGUUGAUGUGGAAUUACGUGAGAAACGUGACCGAGCAGGAAUGCAGACUAGACACCCCGCAGGGCUCCCCCACCAUGCAAAGUCCACGGGUCAAAGAAAACAACACCUAUUUCUGUGUAUUUUCCAACUCCGUGCUGCACAGGGGGGCCACCCUGACGCUGAACGUGACUUCUGCUGGGACUGCAUUCCAGGAUGUCCUGAACUUUACCAACCCAGGCAAGGAAGGUUCCAGUGCUGUGAACUUCUCCUGCUUUAUUUACGACGUCCGCUUCAUGAAUUGCAGCUGGACUCCGGGCCCAGCUGCCCCUGCCGACGUCCAGUACCACCUCUACGCAUGGGCUUCCAUGAACGAGGACGAGGCCGAAUGCCCCCACUACACCACAGACUCCACGGGGACGCGCGUGGGCUGCCAUUUCCAUAAACUCGGGAAGCCCAAACGCACAGAUAAUUACUUCUUCUUGGUGAACGGAACCAGCAGAGAGACGGCAAUCCAGUUUUUGGACUUUACUCCGUUUGUAGCUUAUAAAAUCGAAAAGUAUAACCCACCAGAAAACAUCACAGUUUAUGACAAUGAAUCACAUCACAUUAUCCAGUGGGACAAUCCUGAGAUAAGAUUUGACAUUGCAACUCAUAUGUUGUAUUACAAACUGGACAUUCAAAAAAAGGGCAGCAACUCUAAAAUAGAUCCUAUCUUCCAACGAGGGGAGGAUAAAAAUGUGUACCUGCUGCCCAGCUCUGCCAUGAGGGCUGAGAGUACCUUUCGAGCAAGAGUGAGGUACGUGCACAACAAGCUCUGGAGUGAGUGGAGCUCGCCCCUGCAUUUCGGCCAUGCAGAGUUGCGUUCCAGCAGGACCACCGUGGCCCUGGCUGGGCUGGUGGCGGGGGUGGUGCUGACUGUCACCGUCCUGAUGUUCCUCUGCAAAAGGUUCUCCCUGAAGCAAAGGCUGUUGCCCCCGAUCCCGCAGGUGCGCAGGGAAGUCACAGGCAGCCUCCCGCCCCACCUGGAGGUGUCCUGGGACGGGGGCAGCCCGCCGCCGGGCUCACACAAACCCGAAGACAUCCUCCUGGUGGAGGAGACGCAGUGACUGGCAAGGGCCAUGCAGGAAUUAUGGGUUCAGCAUCCCCCCAGUUCUGGGCAUAUCACUUCUGUGCCCCUUUCACCCCACCUGCAAAUGGUUUCUGAUGUGACUUGCCCCCCGACCACCAAAUCCCAGCCCCACAGCCUUUUCUGACUUUCCGCUUCCACGCCCGGCAGCCGCGUGUCCCACCUAUGGGAGGCCACCCUGACUGCUUCUCAGGAGCCCAGCAGAGGGGGCAGGACCGUGACAGAGUCCCACAUGCUCACCACGGUGGCCGCGUGCCGCCGUGACAAGGAAGCCGCUGGAAGCAGACAAGAGCGUCCGUGCAGAGAAUCGAUGUCUCCGUAAGGGCAGAGAUUUGGAAACGGGGACACUGCCGACCACCUGUCGCCAGGAUGCAGCUGGUGAAUGUGAUGAAACAUGCGGAUGAUCGGGUUCUUGAAAAGCCCCUCUUUGGUGCAUAGGCGUAUGUGAGCCAUUCUGGAAGGGUGCCACCCAGCCGUGAGCAGGUGCGGGGCCAACGAUGUGGGAGGAGAUGGAGAAUCAUGGUUCCUGACGGGUCUGCCUCCACGUCAGGCCAUCCACACCUCUUUGGCUCGUUCAGUCCAUUUUGUAGCUGCUUUUAAAGGCAGUGUGCCCCAGUGCAGGUGGGCUCCCCCGUGGUGUCGGUGUAAAUCAAGGUGCCACCCUCCCCUCCACACCGUCCACUUACCUAAGUGGCCGGGCGCCCCACCGGCCAUGGGAAGCAUGAGAUAAAUCAAAGCUUUUGAACACGGGAGAAAGUUAAUCAUACGCCCCAGUUAUGGAGACACAGCUUUACCCCAGGCCCGAUGUCAAAUACGGCUACCGUCCACCCGCUUCUCAGGUUGAUCUAUCAGAUACAACCAGCACACAGCAUAGGUGUAGACACACUGCCAUGCACGGAGUCCCACGUAUUGUCCUAAAAUGAAAACCCAGCUACAUGUGUGUCCAUGGACUUGUUUCAGAAGGACAGUGCAGGCUGCAUCAGAAUGGUGGCAGGUCACCAACAUGGGUGUGUGCUCAUCAGGAAAGUAUUCACGGUAUGUUUUGAGUAGUGUAGGACGUCGUGGCGCAACACGUAGGGGGAGUUCCAUGCAGGAGAAACGGCAUACCCGUGCCCACGUGCAUCUGCUCACGGGUGCCUGGGAAUUCACACCGGAAUGUGCGCGGUGUUGCCCUUCAGACUUGAGGCUGCUUUUUUAAUCAUCUUUUUUUAUGUUGUCUGUAUUUUUUGUUUGUAUUUUUCCCCUGAUUUUCCAAGUUACCCAGAGGGAAUGUCUAUCAAUCUCAGUCCAGCUGAUUUUGUGCAAACUGUAGUGGUAUUAAAGAAGCCCAACCCACAAGACUGUUUGUCCUCAAA